AUGGCAGACAAGCAAGACACAGAGCCGGCUUCUGGCCAGCAGAACGACGUCCCCGACAAUGGUACAAGCAAGAAUGGCUCAACCACUACUAGCAGCGGCGGUGACAAGGGCAAGGGAAAGGCACCGUCGAAAUCUACCCCGACGAUAGAGCUCAGCACGAAGGCUGCGCAGGCGCUGAUGGAAUCCAAUCCCGCGUUGAAGGGUGAGUUCGCUGGCAUGGAUAGCGAGAAGGCCGCAGAGUUAAUGCGGAAGAUGGACAUCAGGGACUUGCUGGCAGGGCUUGCGGUCAACCCAAAAAACAAGAAGGAUAUGGCUUCAUACAAGUUCUGGCAGACUCAGCCAGUCAUAAGAUUCGACGACAAAGGUGAUAUAGUGGACGGGCCGAUUAAAGAGGUUGAUAUUGAGACUGUCCCAAAGACACCUGGCCCGUUGAUUGAGGGGUUUGAGUGGGUUACGCUGGAUCUGAACGACGACAAAGAGACACAGGAGCUAUAUGAGCUACUGAGCGACCAUUACGUGGAAGAUGAGAGUGAGAUGUUCCGGUUUAACUACUCGAAGGACUUUUUGAACUGGGCACUUAAGGCGCCUGGAUGGACAAGCGAUUGGCACGUUGGAGUUCGAGCCUCAAAGUCCAGAAAACUAGUGGCGGCGAUUUGUGGCAUCCCUAUCGAAAUCUGUGUGCGCGGAAAAGUAAUACGAUCCGUCGGUAUCGAUUUCCUAUGUGUCCACAAAAAGCUACGAUCUAAGCGUUUGGCGCCGGUUUUGAUCAAGGAAAUAACUCGAAGGUGCUACCUAAGAGGGGUGUUUCAAGCUGUCUAUACAGUCGGUAUCGUUCUGCCCACGCCAAUCAGCUCAUGCCGCUACUACCACCGAGCUUUGGAUUGGCUGAAGCUAUAUGAAGUCGGCUUUUCUGGUCUACCAACGGGUUCUACAAAAGCACGACAGGUUGCACGAAAUCAAUUACCUUCGGCGACGGCCACACCGGGGUUACGGCCAAUGGAAGUCAAGGAUGUCAGCGCAGUGUGUAGCCUUUUAAACCGCUACAUGGAACGAUUUGACCUCUCGCAGACUUUCAGUGAGGAUGAGACCAAACAUCUAUUCAUCAACCAAGAAAACUCAUCCGAGACUGUCGUAUAUUCAUUCGUCGUCGAAGAUAAGGAUACCCAUCAAGUCACAGACUUUGUUUCAUUUUAUUCUCUGGAAUCCUCUGUGAUCCAGAACGAGAGACAUAGCAAUGUUAGAGCGGCUUACUUGUACUACUACUCUACGGAGACAGCUUUCGCCGAAAAUGAAAAAGGGCUAAAAGAGCGAUUGCAGUUACUCAUUAAUGACGCUUUGAUCAUCGCUAAGAGGGAGAAAUUUGAUGUAUUCAAUGCCCUGACGUUACAUGAUAACCCUCUGUUCCUUGAGAAGCUCAAGUUUGGUGCUGGAGACGGUCAGCUUCACUACUAUCUAUUCAAUUAUAGAACAGCCCCUAUCGCUGGUGGAGUCGAUAGCAACAAUGAGCCUGACGAGCGCAAGAGACACGGUGUGGGUGUUGUUCUUGUUUGA